AUGAAGUCCCGGGCAGGCCACACCGACAGCACGUCGAUCAGAUCGAUCAGCUCGGAGGACGUGAGCACGCAGCAGCACUACGAUGCGAACAUGUGCUGUGCGGAGGCCAAAAAUCCCGCCUUCAAGCGCGGCCGCCAGCUGCAGCAGAUGCAGAUGAUCAUACUACCGUUCAUCCCGAUCCUGGCGCUGAUCGUGCAGACAUCGUACGAGAUGAUUGAGAUCGUGAGCUACCGCAUGGAGGUGACGGAGAUCGAAAACCAAGUGACGAUGGCCACCGACCUCGGCAAGGUUGUCACGCGCCUGCAGCAGGAGCGGUCCGAUGUGGCGUUCUACAUCUACACCAACGGCAUCACCCUGCGAAGGAACCUGAACGACACGUUCCUGGAGACGGAUCUCGCCCUCGACAACAUGUCCUCCUGGCCCGACAUCUCGAUACGCACCGUGCAGCCGAACAACGGUGAAGUGACCUGGCUGAACAUGAGCGAGUUCCGCGAGACGCUGCAGGAGUUUCGGGCCAACAUUAGCUCCGAGGACAGCAAGGUGCCGGAGAUUCUCCGCUGGUACACUACGGCUAACGCGGCGCUGCUCGAGCAUCUCACCAACCAGAUCAAGGACGCGAACAAGAGUGGCGUCUGGCGGUUUUUGCUCAGCUUCAAGAAUCUGCUGCGUAGCAUCGAAAGUCUCGACAUCUCGUCGGUGUACGGCAUCAACUACUACGGCCGUGGUUACCUCGUGCAGGACUCGUACAUCAAGUACGUCCAGCACGACAUCCUCGGGCGGGACCUGCUGAACGGGUCGCUCCACUUUGUGCCCUCGCUGAAGGCCAUCUACCGAAACAUCACGCUGACCAUGAAAAGCUACGGCAACAUCACGCAGUGGAGCCGAACCAUCCACCGGAACGAGCGGCGCAAGGAGAACGUGGCCGACGCGCGGUCUUACUACGAAUCGAUGGCGUACUACAUCGACGAGCUGCGGAAGCUGCAGCGAGCAUUACGAUCCAUCAUACGUAGUGAAGUCCAAAAGGUGCUCCAGUCGGCGGACAACAUGGAAACGUUCGGUAUCGCCAUCCUGGUGGUCGUCCUGAUUGUGUCGCCCAUCAUCAUCAUCCUGGUGCGGAACGCGGCAUCCACCAUCCAACUGUACGCCAUCAAUCUGACCCACAAGGCGAAGGAACUGAAACGGGAGAAGCGCAAAUCGGACUCGCUGCUCUUCCAGAUGCUCCCGCCCACGGUGGCCACCCAGCUCAAGCAGGCCCAGACGGUCCCGGCGGAGUACUACUCGGCCGUGUCGAUAUUCUUCAGCGACAUCGUCGGCUUCACCGAGAUUGCGGCCGAGUGCACGCCGCUCGAGGUGGUGUCCUUCCUUAACGCCAUCUACCGGAUGUUCGACGAGCGCAUCGAGUGCUACGACGUGUACAAGAUCGAAACAAUCGGCGACUCCUACAUGGUGGCUUCCGGUUUGCCGAUCAAAAAUGGUGGCAACAAACACGUCACGGAAAUCGCCACGAUGGCACUGGACCUGCUCGAUGCCUCCGGGUACUUUAGCAUUCCACACAAGGCCAACGAGCCGGUGCAAAUACGCUGCGGCAUCCACACCGGACCGGUCGUGGCCGGCAUCGUCGGCACGAAGAUGCCUCGGUACUGUCUCUUCGGCGACACGGUCAACACGGCCUCGCGGAUGGAAUCGACCGGCGAAGCGCUGAAGAUCCACAUUUCCGCCGAGAUGAACGAGGCCCUGGUCAAGGUCGGCGGCUUUAAAACCGAGCACCGCGGGCUGAUCGACGUGAAGGGCAAGGGGCUGAUGGACACCUACUGGCUGACGUGCAAGGAGGGCGCCACACCAAACAACAACCACGGUGAGGUGGCUUGGUUCGCGGACAUGAAGCCGGUUUACCUGAAGAUAGUCUAA